CAAAAUAUUUACUUCACUGACGCAAUGUCGAGAUCAUUAACUGGAAAUCGGGAAUAACUUCUGUGUUUUUCCCAUGGCAUGUCAUAGUUAACUUCAGUUACUCUAUACAAACAGCACUGGGCACACCGACUGGCCUCAUAGCGAAUCUUCAGUGGCUUGACAGGUUCAUUGAAACAAAUAGAACCUAGUCUUAGCUCGGUAUUAUUACACAUAGCUCAAAGACAUGUCUGAAGUGUGGAAAAUCGAGAAAUACGCCAGGUACCUGACAACUCCAAGUGCACCGGGAAAAGGACAGUGGCAGCAAUACGAUGACAACGACGGUGAUCUUGUAUUGACUCUCACAGAUUCCAGCCACCUCGUCCUGUGUCGGAGCACAACCGUUAUGGAGAGUCACAGUUUGGUGACAGCCCGGGCCUGGAUGCGGGGGAUGACGAAGAGGGACAGCAUGCUGCUCAUGUAUAAAGUGGCAAAUGAAACAAGACGAUUUCGACUGAAGUUUUAUGGAUGUGAUGGGAGAACAGCUGAAAAGCAAUGUGCAGUUUGUGCAGAAAAACUGUCCAAAUUCUUCCCUGUUAAGAUGGAUAGUCAAACAACCAAAAGUAUGGAGAUCACAAGCACAAACGAGAAGUCGAAAGACGCUGUCAGUCCGCAGAGGACACAGGUAGAGCUCAUUCAAGGGGAGGUCACUCUUGGUAAAAUGGCUCAGGUCGUGUCCGGACAUUUGAAGGCGAGACUGCCUGUUGCGUACCAGCACUGUGACUUCCCGCCCGAGGAGAUCAAGACAGUGAUCCGACUGUGUCUCACAGACCCUAGCUUCCCUGCAUUUGUACAGCAGGUGGACACACAACUGCAGAAACUCAUCGCGGACGACGCCUCAAAUGUCACCUGAAUAUUAUAAUAUCCAUGGGUAAACGUUGUAGUGAGUUAACAAAUAAAUGACCAGUUUGGCUGAAAAUGUGGUACA